AUGUCUCGCGAUAUGGGCCCCCCUGCCAAAAGGCAGAAGAGUUCUGGCAAUCUCCCGCCACAACUACGCGACGCCAAGCGGAAGGAUAUCGACACAUGGGAAACCAAUCGAAUGCUCACAUCCGGUGUGGCACAAAGACGUGACCACGAAGGUGAUUUUAUGCCGGAAGACGAAGAGGCAACUCGAGUCCACUUGCUCGUCCACGACCUCCGGCCACCUUUCCUCGAUGGCCGCACCAUCUUCACGAAGCAGCUCGAGCCGAUCUCCGCUGUUCGCGACCCGCAGAGUGACAUGGCGGUAUUCAGUCGAAAGGGAAGCAAAGCUGUGCGUGACCGUCGACAACAGCGCGAGCGACAGAAACAGGCCCAGGAAGCGACAAACCUGGCUGGCACAGCUCUGGGCAACUUGAUGGGUGUCAAGGAGGAUGAGGGCGAUAGCGCAGUUGCCAUGCCUGUUGAAGAAACAUACAAAGGAGGAGGGAACAAGUUCGCCAAGCACCUGAAGAAGGAUACUGGGGCCAGCGCGUUCAGCUCGAGCAAGACUAUACGGGAACAGAGAGAAUACCUUCCCGCUUUUGCUGUGCGCGAAGAUCUCUUGAGAGUCAUCCGGGACAACCAGGUUGUCGUUGUUGUUGGAGAGACAGGAUCGGGAAAGACUACACAAUUGACCCAAUUCCUGCAUGAGGAUGGAUACUCCAAAAACGGCAUGAUUGGGUGCACGCAGCCUCGUCGUGUGGCAGCGAUGAGUGUCGCAAAGCGUGUCAGCGAGGAGAUGGAGGUAGAUCUCGGUUCUACUGUUGGAUAUGCGAUUCGUUUUGAGGAUUGCACCAGUGAUGAAACAGUGAUUAAAUAUAUGACGGACGGUGUCUUGUUGCGAGAAUCUCUGGCACAGACUGAUCUUGACAAAUACUCCUGCAUCAUCAUGGACGAGGCGCACGAAAGAGCCUUGAAUACGGACGUGUUGAUGGGUCUUCUCAAGAAAGUUCUAGCUCGGCGCAGAGACUUGAAAUUGAUUGUGACAUCAGCAACUAUGAACUCAGAACGUUUCUCGCGCUUUUACGGAGGUGCCCCGGAGUUCAUCAUUCCCGGCAGAACAUUCCCGGUUGACCUUCACUUCUCUCGCACACCUUGCGAGGAUUAUGUUGACAGCGCGGUCAAGCAGAUCUUGGCUAUUCACGUAUCUCAAGGCGCGGGAGAUAUCCUCGUCUUCAUGACUGGACAAGAGGACAUUGAAGCAACCUGCGAGCUGACUGAUGAACGAUUGAAGCUAUUGAAUGACCCCCCAAAAUUAAGCAUCCUACCCAUUUACAGUCAAAUGCCAGCGGAACAACAGGCAAGGAUCUUCGAAAAAGCUGCUCCGGGUGUGCGCAAGGUUAUUGUUGCUACCAACAUCGCCGAGACCAGUUUGACUGUCGACGGUAUCAUGUAUGUCGUUGAUGCUGGCUACUCCAAGUUGAAGGUGUACAACCCGCGCAUGGGCAUGGACACUCUUCAGAUCACGCCAAUCUCCCAGGCCAACGCAAACCAGCGAUCUGGACGAGCUGGCCGAACGGGGCCAGGCAAGGCCUAUCGGCUUUACACCGAGACGGCCUACAAGAACGAGUUGUACAUCCAAACGAUUCCCGAGAUUCAACGUACCAGUCUCGCAAAUACUGUUCUUUUGCUCAAGUCUCUUGGCGUGAAGGAUUUGAUGGACUUUGACUUCAUGGAUCCUCCCCCACAAGAGACAAUUUCCACCUCUCUUUUCGAGCUUUGGUCUCUGGGUGCUUUAGACAAUUUGGGUGAUCUUACAUCCUUAGGCCGCCGCAUGACACCAUUCCCCAUGGAUCCCCCUCUCGCCAAGCUGAUCAUCAUGGCAUCCGAAGAAUACGGCUGCAGCGAAGAGAUGCUGACCAUCGUCGCAAUGCUCUCAGUCCCUAAUGUCUUCUAUCGCCCCAAAGAACGAAUGGAAGAAUCAGACUCAGCCCGCGAGAAGUUUUUCGUCCCAGAGUCUGACCACUUAACCCUCCUCCACGUCUACACUCAAUGGAAAACCAACGGAUGGUCCGACUCAUGGUGUGUAAAGCAUUUCCUACACGCCAAAACCCUCCGCCGAGCCAAGGAAGUCCGCGACCAACUCCACGACAUCAUGACCGCCCAGAAAAUGCCACUUAUCAGCUGUGGCACAGACUGGGACACGAUUCGCAAAUGUAUCUGCUCGGGCUUUUACCAUCAAGCCGCACGCGUAAAGGGUAUUGGCGAAUUCAUCAAUCUCCGUACCAGCGUGACUAUGGCUCUUCACCCUACAAGUGCACUUUACGGCCUGGGCUACGUUCCCGAGUACGUAGUCUACCACGAGUUGAUCCUCACGGCGAAGGAAUACAUGUCCACAGUGACAGCAGUCGAUCCACACUGGCUCGCCGAACUAGGAGGUGUCUUUUACUCUGUGAAAGAAAAAGGUUAUUCGCAACGUGACCGCCGCGUAACAGAACUCGAAUUCAACAAACGCAUGGAGAUCGAAUCGCAAAUGGCACUUGACCGCGAACGCGCGGCGGCAAAUAAAAAGCGCGAGGAAGAGCGGAAUGAUCCUACACGCCGCAAGCGAGAAGUCGAGGUUGGCGCGGGAUCUGCUGUGCGUCGACCGGUCAUCAAGCCGGGUCGAAAGGUUGGCGGUCUCACUGCGUCAUCUUCUACUUCGUCGCGGCCUAGCGCCAAUGGUAGUGGAGGCGGUGGUAGUGGAGGCGCAGGAAGAGGUGGUGGUUCUGGGGCAAGUGUUGUUAAGAGACCGACUGUUCCCCGAAGGCCUGGACGGGCAUUUUGA